GAAUAGUCCGGAAGCGCAAGAAGGGCGUUUGGCGUAGGCCUCGCAGGCCCGUUGCUACGGGCGUCGGGGGCGCCCAGAGAGGCUGAGAUGGAGGAGCCGGUUCCCUCGGGGGGCUCCGCGGCCUCGGCCAAGGCUCUGGUGCCGGUCCAGGCCGAAGCAGGCGCGGUGGUGGCGGCGACGGAGGCCGAUCUGGGGUCCCAGCAACGACGCAAGAGGGUCCUAGAUGAAGACAGCUACAUCCAGAGCCUGGAGAAAAUAGUUCAGAGAGAUUUUUUCCCCGAUGUUGAAAAACUGCGUGCCCAGAAGGAAUAUCUGGAGGCUGAAGAAAGCGGUGACUUGGAGAAAAUGAGACAGAUAGCCAUCAAAUUUGGCUCCUCCUUGGGGAGAUCCUCCAGAGACACACCUGCACCAUAUGUUACGCCAGCCACUUUUGAAACACCCGAGGUUCAUCCUGGUGCCUCUUCCUUGUUGAAUAAACAGAAACCUUCGCUGAAGACUUCCGAGGAAGAAGAAACAGAAGACAGAGAGACCAAAGAUGCUCUUCCCACCCUGGACAGCUUCUUAGCAAAACACACCAGUGAGGAUAAUGCUUCAUUUGAGCAGAUCAUGGAAGUGGCCAAGGAAAAGGAGAAAGCCCGACACUCGUGGCUCUAUGAAGCGGAAGAAGAAUUUGCCCAGCGGCACCAAGAGCAGCUGGCGCUCCCGUCGGCUGCAGAGCAGCAGGCUCUCGGGAGCGGGAAAGCUGGCGUGGAAACCUGGGAAUAUAAGGCGAAGAAUUCCCUGAUGUAUUACCCCCCAGGGGUCCCUGAUGAAGAUGAUGUGUUUAAAAAGCCCCGGGAAGUCGUCCACCGGAACACUCGUUUCCUGAAGGAUCCGUUCAGCCAGGCUGUGAGCAAGUCCCAGCUCCAGCACGCAGCGGCUCUCAAUGCUCAGUACAAACAGGGCAAAGUAGGUCCAGACGGGAAGGAACUCAUUCCACAAGAAUCUCCGAAGGUCAAUGGAUAUGGAUUUGUGGCUACGCCCUCUCCUGCUCCUGGUGUGAACGAAUCGCCUCUGAUGACUUGGGGUGAGAUAGAAAGUACCCCUUUGCGACUGGAAGGCUCAGAUACGCCCUAUGUGGACAGGACUCCUGGGCCGGCUUUCAAGAUCCUGGAGCCUGGCCGCAGAGAGAGGCUCGGGCUGAAGAUGGCCAAUGAGGCAGCUGCCAAAAACCGGGCGAAAAAACAGGAAGCUUUAAGGAAAGUCACUGAAAACCUUGCCAGCUUGACUCCCAAAGGACUGAGCCCAGCCAUGUCUCCGGCCCUGCAGCGCUUAGUAAACAGGACUGCAAGCAAAUAUACCGACAAGGCUCUGCGAGCCAGCUACACACCGUCCCCUGCGCACGUGGGCACCCCUGGCUACAAGACGCCAGCCGGCGGGCCACAGACACCCACCACCACCACCCCAACUCCCCGGCCUGUAACUCGGACGCCAGUAACCCAGGAUCCCACUUCAAUCACGGACAAUCUCCUGCAACUUCCAAAAAGGCGCAAAGCGUCAGACUUUUUCUGAGAAAUAUCCUCCCUUCCUCAGGGCCCUGCGUAACUGGAUAGACGCAGGGAUUUGUGGUGAAGCAAAGACGGUGUUGGUGAGCGGCAAGAGAUCCUGGUACAUUGCCUCAGCACUCACCAACUGCAAGAGUGGGUUUAAAACUGUGGCUGUUCAGCUGAGCAAAGAACAAGUCCUGUUGGGUUCUUUGUAUCCAUUUCACAUGGUGCACGAGAGAGAGGAAGAGAGAGACUCUGAGAGAAAAAAAGCACAUGAGGCGUGAACUUUUUUAAAUACGUUUUUUAGACUUUUUGUUUUUCCAACAGGGCAGCUUUUAGGUGCCUCUGAUUUCUGUCUCAAUAAGCGUGGCUAUUUAUUACUUCUAGAAUGCCUUCGAAUAAAGGUCUGAAUAUGAUCUUGAA